AUGACCCUCCUCGCUGCGUAUCUCGUGGUGCUCGCGGUUGCCGCGCUGCUGACGCUCAGCGCCUUUGGCCACCCCGCAGCCGCAGCAGCACUGGCGCGCGGGUGUGGCCUUGACUUCUUCUUCCCGACAGCCCACGCUAGCCGGGCGAAGGUGCCGCCCCUCGACACGCUGCAGUCGCCGCUGCACGCGCAGCAGGCGGAGAUGCUGGCGUUCCUGCAGCAGACGUGCUGCACGCUGCCGGUGCGGGCGGAGACGGUGCGUAUCUUGACACGCCCCACAGAGUUCUACGAGGAGCUGCGGAAGCGAGUGCGGGCUGCGCGGCGCAGCAUCGUCAUGUCGGCGCUCUACAUUGGCGACGGCCCACUCUCCACAGAGUUCGUCGCGUGCCUGGAGAACAGAGUCUCUGAAGCUGUGCGGGACGGGCAGCGGCUUGACAUUUGCAUCCUGCUUGACCACAACCGCAUGCAUGACCGCCGCAACCUCCUCACACUGAAGCAGCUGCUUACACUGGCGCACUCCACUGAGAGUGCCACCGCACUCGACAACAAUAUUAACAAUAGCAGUGGCAACAAUGGUGGCGAUGCCGACAGCGAUGCAAGCGGCCCAGCCGUGCAGGUGAGGCUGUGCCUCUUUCAGUCGCCGUGCCGCUGGAAUCGCCUUGCUUCGCCUUUCGGCCGCGCCAAAGAGGCGCUCGGCGUGCAGCAUACGAAGAUAUUUUGUUUUGACGGUCGCGACACCAUUCUUAGCGGCGCCAACCUCUCCGACGACUACUUUGCUACUCGCAUGGACCGGUAUGUCGUGAUCGAGGACAAUGCGUACGUCGCCGCGUGGUUCUCCGACCUCGUCCACACGCUCUGCAGCAUGUCGCAUCGUGUCGUCUGCCGAAAGGCAUUUGCCAGCCAGGGCGGUAGCGGCAGGAAGCCCACGUUGCACAAGAAGAGUGAUCUUGUCAUUCUCCCUAACACAAUGGGUAUCGACCCUUCCGCAGAAAGCGCCGCCUUCAGCGUACAGGCAAAUCACCUGCUGCAGGAGUUCGCCGCUCGAGCAGUAAAAGCAGCUGCGGCGAUACCAAACGACAAGUCGUACGACACAUACCUGUUCCCGACGCUGCAGUGUGCACGGGCAAAUGUGUUCCACGACUCCCUUGUCGUGCAGCGGCUCCUCCACAUGGCGCCGGCGUCGACACACAUUUACCUUACCUCGCCAUACCUCAACAUGUACGCCCGGUUCGUGGACGAGCUAUUGGCGAGCAGGAGCGCUUACGACUUCAUCACAGCGAGUGUGCAUACGAACGGGUGGCGUGGUGCACGGGGUUUUGCGGGGUACAUUCCCUUCUUCUACCUGCAGCUUGAACGGGCGUUUUUUUAUUUGAUGCGGGAGUACGGCUGCGCUGACCGCGUGCGUGUGCGGGAGUUCAGCGUUGACGGGCUGACGUUUCACGCCAAGGGGUUGUGGUUCGUUGAGAGGGAAGACGGUGGGGCUGCGGCGGGUGGCAAGGACCACAUCAGCAAUGGCAACGGCUGCACAAACUCAAAGAGUGAAGAAGGGGAGGUGUGGGGGUACGUGAAGGCGCCGUACCUCGUGGCCUACGGCAGCACAAACUACGGCUACCGCUCUGUCCACAAGGACGUGGAGGCGGAGGUGUUUCUCUUCACCACUAACACAUCCCUGCGAGAGGCGCUGCGCGACGAGCUCGUCUUCCUGCUGCGUCAGUCGACGCUUGUGACGGAGGAGCGCUUUGUGCAUGGCGCGCAGGGCCGCUUCCAGCCCGUUGUGUCUCUCCUCGCCCAGAUGGGGCAAGACUUUCUGUAA